AUGGGUUACAGUGGGGCUGCAGCUACAAGCCUACAACAAAUAUCUCCGAGCUGCAGGAUACACUCGUCCCUGUCUGCCUACUCCCUCCUCCAGCUCCAGAGAAGCGAAUCCAAGAAGGAGCAGGAGUGUCGAGCUGGAGCAGCAGCCAUGGAUGGCGAGGAGGUUGGCAGGAGGGGUAUUCCUUCUCUGCUGAAGCUAUCUUCCUCCUCCAUUGAUGGCGGUGCUGGGGAACAAGAGCACAUCGCUUCUGACAUCACUCAGCUCAUAGGAUGGACACCACUGAUCGAACUGAAGCGAAUCACCAGCAAGGCUGGGAUUGAUGCGCGGAUCGUUGGCAAGAUCGAGGCUUACCAGCCGCUUUGCUCCAUCAAGGAUCGCUCUGCUUUGAGAAUGAUAGAAGAUGCAGAGGAGAGGGGAUUGAUUUCACCUGGAGUCACAACACUAGUCGAGCCGACGAGCGGUAACAUGGGGUUAGGAUUGGUUCUAUUUGCUAUUCAGAAAGGUUACAGGCUCAUUGCAGUUAUGCCAGCUAAAUAUUCGCUUGACAAGCAGAUCUUGUUGAGAUUCAUGGGUGCUGAGCUGCACUUAACUGAUCCGGCCCUUGGUUUUCCGGGCAUGUUUGACAAAGUUGAACAGCUCCGAAAACAACUGCCUAACGUACAUGUUCUGAAUCAAGUUACGAAUAAAGCAAAUUCUGAAGCGCACUUUAGAUUGACCGGACCUGAGAUCUGGAAGGACACAGCAGGCAAGGUGGACAUAUUUGUGGCCGGUUCGGGCACAGGAGGCACUGUUUCUGGUGUCGGAAAGUAUCUGAAGAUGCAAAAGCCAGGCGUCAAGAUCAUCUGCGUUGAGCCUGCAGAAAGCCCAGUGAUUUCAGGUGGCGCGCCUGGCAAGCAUAAAAUCCAGGGAGUAGGGCCAGGAUUUAUACCUGAAGUCCUGGACACCUCAGUCAUCGACGAGACUGUCACAGUGACCACUGAGGAGGCCAUGGCGAACGCGAGGAGGCUGGCCAAGGAAGAGGGCCUGCUAGUGGGCAUUUCUUCCGGAGCAAACCUGGCAGCUUGCUUGAAGGUCGCUUCGAGAGAGGAGAACAGGGGCAAGAUGAUCGUCACCGUGUUCCCGAGUGGUGGCGAGAGAUACAUGAACUCCGACCUCUUUGCAGAUGUACGAGAGGAGUGCAUCGCCAUGACAUUUUGA